CAUGGUGGCAGAUUGAGCUCGACUAUAAAGCUGGUUGUGAAAGUAAAAAAUAUACCAUUUGUUUUGUAGACUUCUCAUUGUAACCUAAUGGAGUAUCCAUACCUCAACCAGCACAGUUUCGAUUCCGGCUGUCCGGAUCCGGGCCUAUCGUCGUGUCAGCGGCCAUAUUCUUACACUGACCUCACCUCGUGCAGCCAAGUGUCUUACCGCUAUUCUUCGCCCUUUCACGCGCCUGGAAUGAACACGUCUUCUCGUGGCAUGAUCACUCGUCCCCGUACAGAGUCCGUGCACAUGCCGCCAGCGGCAGUAACUCAGACCGUCUUCCCCACCAACAUGGGAUUUCAAAGGUCGUUACACGCACACGUGGAUUAUCCACGGACACUAUCUUACAAGAUGUAUCCUGGUAACAACGGUGUACUGACUGAGAAGCGGAAGCAGCGCCGGAUCCGAACCACCUUCACGAGCGGCCAGUUGAAGGAGCUAGAGCGUGCAUUCCACGAAACGCAUUACCCGGACGUUUACACCCGAGAAGAGAUUGCUAUGAAAAUAGACUUAACGGAGGCCAGAGUCCAGGUUUGGUUUCAAAAUCGAAGAGCCAAGUUUCGGAAACAAGAACGUUUGAAGCAGCAAAAACCAGUGCAUUCAUCGCAGAACAACUCGAACGAUGAAGCGACGAACAAAACAGCUGUCAACAAUACGCCACCUAGUGGCAAAGUGGAGAGCAGCAUAAAUAAGAUGACUCUAAAGGAAUUGUGUAAAGGUGUAUCUCCACUUGUUCUGCCUUCCUCAGCUCUGAGUCCAGUUGAUGGUAAAGACAGCGAAGAAGAUGCAGCAAGAUGGCCCGCCUCCUCCGAAUCUUGCUCGUUACUGACAACCAUAGUCCCCGCCCACACAACACUGGCUCCGCCUAAUACGUGCCCAGUUAGUCCUUUUUCAGCAUUUCUCAGCCCUUCUUCAGGAUUUUCUUCUCAUUACUCGGGGUCCUCCAUGGACACCAAACACAACCUAAUCACCCAGAUUUUCUGAGAAUGAAUUUUGCUAACUUACAGACUAGUCACGGACAGUGAUAAUAAGCAGCGACUGACCAGUGACCACUACACAUCAAAUACACUGAUUGAGAACAACCCAUAGUAACGUGAAAACGUUCAUAAUAACUUAAUAAUUAAGAAUGUGAACUUUUAUGGGUCUGAAGGUGUGUGUGUGUGUCAUUACAUACCGCAGCGGGAAUAAAUGUAAUAUCCAAAUCUACUGAUAUACUGAAAACUGCACGUCUGCCGUAUCCAAGACGGCCUGUUGAACCCUGGUAUUAGUGAAAAGUCUCGUCGGCAUUGAAUAUUGUAGAUGUAAUGUGGUUACAUUGUUUUAACAUAUUCUACCUUAUAUUCACUCACGAGUUAUUAGAAGUGUUAUUUAUUAUUCUGUG